AACCAGCACGAAUGAGCGCAACAUGACUUCCCCAAGAAUCCUUCCCCACACUUACACUGGACCCCACUCUCCUCCCUGGCCCCUGAGCUUCCUGUUGGCCUUACAGCAUCUCCUGGUCCAGGCCUCCUUUCUCUGCAUCUUUCACUUGCUCUUCCUUGCCACGCUCCCUCCCGAUAAGCUGGAUGGUUUUCAGGGUUGGAAUGAACUUCUGGCGUGCAACUUCUUUGCCUGUGGCAUCUCUACAGCUUUACAAUGUGGACUUGGUACUGGGUUGCCAUUGGUUCAAGCCCCAUCUUUUGAGUUCCUUAUCCCAGCCAUGGUUCUGACCCAACAUACGUCUCCUGUUUGUCAGUCAAAAGGAAACAGUACUGAAGCCCCUAAUGAAUACUCUGGCCCAAACUGUGAAAAUACAAGAAACUGGGAUUGGUUACUCCGUGAGGUCUCUGGUGCAGUGUUGGUCUCUGCUGCGGUGCAGAUCGCAUUUGGGGUGUCAGGUACCUGUGGCUGGAUUGCCAAGCAUUGCAGGCCAAUGGUCCUGGCUCCAAGCCUCUCCGUCAUUGGACUUUCAGCAUACAGGCCUGCUGCUCUUCUCUGCUCUGAAAACUGGGGGGUAGCCAUGCUACUUGUGUUGCUGAGUAUUCUGCUGUCGCAGCACCUGGCUUCCUGUCGAUUGCCCCUCGGCCAGUGGAGCCAGGCAGGAGGACUCUGUAUAAGAUCAUGUAGUCCAAACCUUCAUAUGUUCUCGAUUUUGUUGCCAGUCUCUGGAAUCUGGCUUGUCUGUGGGAUUCUGAAUCCCAUCCCAGUCCCUUGGGAUGUGUUGCAUCCUUCCAUGCAUCAUUUGACCCUCACCAACAGCACCCUGCAGUCCGCUUGGCUCCAGGUGCCUUAUCCAGGCAAACAGGGCUGGCCGCUACUUAGUACCCCUGCAGUAGGCAUAGGUGCUGCAAUGGGUGUUGCUGCAAGUAUUAAUUCAAUAGGCUGCUAUUUGCUUUGUAGCAAAGCAUUAAGGGAACCGCCGGCACCACAUCAUGCAUGCAACAGAGGGCUCUGCGCAGAAGGCCUCGGCAGUCUCCUGUCUGCUGCGCUGGGGAGCGUGUCUGGAACAGCAUGUAGCAUGCCCAACGUUUGUGCCAGCCAUCUGACUCAGGCUACCUCAUUCCGCUCAGUGUGGGUUAGCGCGCUAGCGUGUGUACUGUUGGGCUUAUCUCCUCGGCUGACAGGACUUCUGGCCACCAUUCCUCUGGCAGUUCAUGGAGGAAUGCUUUGUGUGACAUACAGCGUGGCUGUGGGCGCUGGCAUCUCAUACUUCCAAUACACGAACAUUGACUCAGGAAGGAAUAUCUUCAUUGUAGGCUUCACCAUGUUCAUGGGACUGCUGGUUCCAAAGUGGCUGUUCGCUGCUCCAGAGUCCCUGGCCACAGGGUGUGUUCCUGUCGACCUCUUCCUCCUUUCUCUGCUGAUGGUUCCUGCAUUCAUAACUGGAAUCCUGUCCUUCUUCUUAGAGAAUACAGUCUCAGGAACCCUGCAAGAGCGUGGAUUGCUCAACCACUUGGUAUCAUGCAAACUAGAAACAGCAGAGAAUUCUCUGCAACAACACAAUAAGGAUUGUGCACAAAGAUACCAGAUGUCGCUUGCCCUGAAAAAGCAACGGUUCCCAUCGUGGUGCAAGGGCUUCCCUUUCUGCUUUCUCUUUCCCCUGGAAGAAGCAAAAGAGGAGAUUGUGAACAGUUUUCAUUUGGAAGAAUUACAGUGUUCAGCAGAGGAAACUACAGAUCUGUUACUGAAACCUGGUACAGCGGAGCUGGAGUCAGACUCUAAGCUAGAGAAUUUGGGGAACCAUAAAUGUAUAACAUUCUUAGCUAAUGAGAGGACCCUUAGCUCAGGUACAAGUAUUAUAUGA